GCUGUGUACCUGCCCAGUUAUCCUGGUCAGGCCAACUAGCUUAGCAAAAGUCUCAGCCUGUUGUGUCGCGCAAGUUCCAGGCUACCCCCCAGGUUAGGAACUUCGUCGCCUUCAGCAGGUCGUCAGGCCAAUCUUCUCGCACGGCGGUCCAGCUGCUCGACUUCAGCCCACGGCCUUUCACGGGGUCUCGGAGACCAGCCACUUCCGCAGUUCCCGCGAGGAGAAGAUGAGGACGUGCCGAGGGUCACCUCGCGGUCGUCUGUCGACGGCGCUGUUCCUGGUGGUCGCGUGGGCGGGCUCGGUCAACGCCGACGUCUCCACCACAGGCUGCGGCAACGAGUCGACGUCGGCGCCCGCACUGCAGUUGCUGUCGCCAACCCCGCUGCUGAGGCCCAAUGCGUCGGCGGCCGAGGCGCUACAACGCAGGGCGGACGAGCUUUCCAACGCCGUGUCCAAUACCAGCUUUGCCGAGUCCCGGAACAACGUCACUGUCUACGAAAUACGGCACAGCAGGAAGAAGCAGCAGCAGUUGAUGCUGAUCCGGGCUCAGAUCCUGCACCGGCUGGGCAUCCGCAACCCGCCGGCCAAUGGGUCCCUCAGCGCGCCGCUCAACAACAGCACCCUGCGCCUGGUCGAAGAGAUCGUGCGCAGUCCUCCGCCCAGCGUCCAGGACAUCACCACGGCACGCACCGUCUACUCGGAGCGCAUACAGAGUUUUUACCCGUCUUGUUCGACUCCCAAUCAGACGGACCCCUCGGCGUGGGACGUGCCGGGCCACUUUCGGCUGCACUACGACGUCAGCUUUCGCCGCUCGUCUCCGGGCACCGAGGUGUCGCUGGUGUCGGCCAAGCUGCGCUUGUACCGCACCGGCGCUGCGAUCGCCGGUGGUGCCAGCGGCACGGCGGCCGCGCAGAAUCUGCUCGAUGCGCCGGCAGCUCCAGUCACAGUGUUCGUGUUCCAGUUUCUCAGGCCCCUCAAGUCGGGAAGACCCGAGAAGAAAGAAUUGAUCGCCAGACGGACGCUCUCCAGCGGACGACGGGGCUGGGAGGAGUUCAACGUGAAGUCGGCCGUGAGCCGAUGGCACCGGCUGCGAAACAAGAACUACGGUCUCGACAUCGAGGUGGUGGACGCUCGCGGGAAGAAGCUGCUGCCCGGCCGCUACUUCCGCAACAUGAGUUGUGCUCAGACGGAAGCGGGCCAGCAGGAGUCCCCGUUCCCAAACAUCAUGCGCCUGCAUCCGGGACUGCGGGACAACGAGUCGUCCCUACUGGACAACGAGACGUACCCCACGCUCGACCUGCAAGUCGUCGAGGUGCUUCUCCACGACUCCGGAGCCGUGGGACCGGGAAGCGACUCACCGCAGUUCGCGGGGAAGACCACGCCGCCAGACCCCACCGACGACGCCGGCGCAAGGUCCAAGACGCGACGACUGGUUGACGGCGACUACAGGACGCACAGCGCAUGCACGCCUCGUCAGAUUGAUGUCACGUUUGCAGAUUUGGGCCUGGACAACGUGCUGUACCCGGAGGGCUUCACCUACUCGUACUGCCACGGCACGUGUCACUGUCACGGCGGGCGCAGACGCCGCGGAAAAGGAAGCAGGCGCCCAUGCGUCAGAGCGGUAUCCAGCUGCAACCAGGCAAAGUACGUUCCUCUCAACUUGACAUACCUAAAUGAAGACAGCAUCAUGACGACCACUAUCAAAAACUUGGUGGCCAGCGACUGUAGGUGCUCUGUCCGACGGUGAUGGGCUUGUAUAGUUGUGAUAGCAUUAUUUGGGCAAUUACCACUGAUCUCUGGAUAUGCGUGAGUUCGUGCUGCAGUUCGCUGAAAAACGCCUUAUGUAGGCCAAUGGCUUCAAAACCAUGAAAGCCAUUUCUUGUUCCUGUGCAUGCAUCAAGUUUACCAAUGCCGGUUUAUCCAUAGUCACGCACAGUUUCCCACUUCAGGAGAGGGGGGGGGGACAACGGAUCAUCACAGCACUCCCCUUCCUAUUGUCACGCGGUUGUGACGUAGUCGAAAAGAGCACACUCGAUGUUCAGAUGAAAACUGUUCAUUCGGUCGAACUUGUGGGCAGGAAACUGAAGGUCAUACUACAGCAACACACGGGCACUGAUGGCGGUGAACAGAGCGUCGGCCAGCAAUAAACUGACAAGCGGCUAAGCACGGCGGCACUUAUACAUGUGUCAUUGAAUAUUCCAGCCUUAUCACUGGUCUUCGCACAAGCCUCUGGAAUAAUCUCGAGUGUUCCUUUCUAGCGGGCGAGCAGAACGAUCUACAAUGAUCGCGAAUGUUCUCGAACAGUAACGCGCAGUUUGCAUUGAGCAUUCCUGACCCAAGCUCUGUGGGCGAAAACCAAAUCAAACAAAGGUGGAAAUAACAAACCGUGCAUAGCAUUAUUAAGUCAAUACUAUAUAGGGCUGACUUAGUGCCCCCUCCUUCUUAUGUGACUAAGGAGUGCACAGCCCGUGCCCACGCAGAUGGGCUUAUCAAAAAUUUGCAAGCCUCUUUCGAUGACCCUCAUGGGACAAGUCCUAUGCACAAGGACUUGUGAUGCCCGGGGGAAUACUUCUUGCAGGCAUCGGUCCUUGAAUGUCUCAUUGAACAACCGUAAAAGCUUGAAGCCAAAUGCCAUGACACCCUGCCAUGACUAAGCACUCUCACUUAGAGCUCCGGCUGUAGCACAAGAAAACAACCGAGCCCCGCACCGAUAACUGUUAUCCAUUGGGAGGCUAGUUUGAAGAGCCGGAUAUCAUAGCCUCUAUACUGAAGCCAGUGAUAUCAUAUCACUGGCUUCAGUAUACUUCACAAUAGUUUUCCAAUGCAAUAAAAAAACAUAUGUUAUCCAGAGAUCAGUGCUGCCCUUGUCUUUUAUGAAACUGCUCAUAGCUAUUGGCCAUGUCUUCUGCAGUGAAUAGAUCCGCUUCAAAGAAGAAUUUUUCCUUGAAACGCAUGGUUUCCAUGAAUUACUUUUACUGCAUUACUGCUUUGGAUAAUUCACAUGAGCUGUUUUAGAGCCUCCUUUAACUGCUAAUGCUGUUAAGUUGCAAAAGUAAGGCCAAAUCACAUAAGUUUUAUAAUAUUUCAAAAAGCCCUGCAUAGUGAAUCUUCACAAAAUGAUUCUAGAUUGAGAACACAUUUUCAUUAAUCACAUAGGAAUAACAUUUUGCUUCAUUAAAAAUAUCUUCAUUCUGUUACUAUUAUAAUCAUGGUAUGCCAGAAGUUGAAGGAAUGCUCUUUCUCAUUUUAGCACGCAUUAUUGCAAUGUGCAGUGUUUUAUCGCAUAAAAUGAGUCAUCAGUCCACCCAUUGCUAGUCCAAACCUGACAAAAUACUUGGCUGUAAAGAAACAAGCAAAUGACAUGGCAUCCUCUCAGUCAUUGUCAUUAUUGAGGCCCUACACCCGAAGUCAGUUCAAUGAAUUUAAGAUUAUACGAAACCAUGAAGGCAUCAUGGUUGUGCUGUCAGAUACGAAAGUUAACCGUAACGCAAAAAAAUAUAGUGCCAGUGAAAAUAUAAAAUGCAGCUAGACAUUGCAUUCAGGGCAAUUUUACCGGCAUGAAAUAGCAUGAAGUUGGAACGACUGAUCUAGGCAACUACUGCAAUCAAUAUGUGGCUUUACACCACUGCUGAGGAAUGAGAAACAUGCGUUCCCUUUAAUCACUAAUGGGAUAGGAAGGAAGCAGAGACUGAAUAAGUUCUGCACACUGACGAUCUCAGUGUGCUAAAGAACACAAGGAGACGGGUAAUUUUUCAUCGCUUUACAAGUCGUUCUUGCUGGCUUUUUAGACGGUAUUUCUUCAUAGUGCCAUGACAACCUUGCAGUUCAUUUCAUAUUUUUCAUAAUUAAAGGCCAGCAAUCACAACAUUUUUUUACUAUGUUUUUCCCAUUAUUGUCACUGUAAACACUAGAUCUUUAGCAUGUUUUGUGUUUACUGUGUAUACAUGCCUUUGUAAAUAGCCACCUGUGUCUUUACGCUUACAUUACAAGCCAUAAAAAAUGCAUUUGAUUGCAAACUCCACUUAAGUUAGCAGAAAAAAUGAAUAAUUCAACUAGUAAAUGCUUUCUUGUAGUAAAAAAACAGUAUUACAUAGGUCAGAAAACUAAUGGAAUUACUUUUAGCUUUGAAAACUCUGCCAACUUGUGUUUCAUUUAUUAACAGGAUGUUGUACAUAUUGAUAGCAAGUGCUAAAAACUGGCAUCAUGUCUCUGCCAAUAUGCGCUUCUUUUAUACAAAUACACCCGUGAAGUGUCCACUGUUUUCAAUAGACAGGCACCAUAUAGUAAGCUGCUACAGAAUUGGAACAACAUGUUCAAUAUUAAUUGGACAUUGCACUUAUGUUAUAUGUAGUAUACAUAUAAAAUCGACUGUCAGCACUAGGCAAUAACCAUACGAGAAGUACAAACCAGAAAGGUCAUCAGAUGGUGUAGCAGCAUGUUGUGAAGUGUACCUCAAUUAACAUUUUACAUACGAGACCUCGAGCCCAUUAAGGAAUGUCGAACUGGCCAUCAAAUACAUGUGACUAUACACAAAUUGACCUGAUAAUGUGUCAUGCAGAUAGAUUGUUUUUAUAUCUUGCAUCUGCAUUUACUUGGUCACAUUACUGAGCACUUAUUCACAAAAAUGUCAUGAAUUCAUACAACAAAGUACAAAUAUUACUGAUGUCACAAUUUCAAAAACUCUUGAACAUCUUCACUACUUGAAUUACAGUUAAACCCCUUUAUCAGAGGCAUGCUCUAGGCAGCAAUUUCUGUCUUUUAUAUGAGAUGUCUCUUUUAAGCAGGGCACCAUGUAGGCAUUUUCUUAUCAACCCGUAUUUUACUGUAGGCACACUGGCGUCCUCUUAUACCCAUUUGUCUCUUACAUUAGUGUCUCUUAUAAAGGGGUUCGACUGUACUUUACCUGCUUUCUGUAAUGCAGUAGCAAACGGUUGAAAACAUGUUUCUAUAUGUAAUAUUUGUUUUUCAUUUAUUAGGGUGAGAUGAGUUUUCUCAGUAACAAAGCUAAUAUAUGCUGUCAGUGUUACGUGACUGCUGCAAAGAGCCUUUUUCACUGGUCACUAGGAAAAAAGUUGGUCUUGUGUUGUGCACUGUUGUUUCUUUCCUAAUUGUUCUAAACAAAUAUCAGAGCUCAAGAGCAUUGAAAUGACAUUUAGAUAUCUUAUAAUCCUUCCGAUAAGUGAAGCUCAAAGCAAGAAACUGCACAUAUACUAAUACUAUGCUUUGCAAACUGAAAAGUGAUAAAGCAUACUUACAGGAACCCUAUUGUCAAAUGUGUUAUAUAUUGUGAUUUGUGAGUUGUUUUGUAAUGAGUAGAACUUGCCUACAUAGAUAUGACUCAUGUCCACAAGUUCUUCAUAUGCAUGGCUCGCUUUUGUACAUAUGCAAUUUGGAAUCAUGACCCCAUGUUUGUAAAAAUUUCCAAAUAAACUGUUUUUACAUCUUCAA